AAAUCAGGUCAAAUUUAAUUGGGCCCGAGCUGCGCUAGGUCUCCUACGAAAUUCUGGAUCCGCGAGCUGUGUCAAAAUGGCAGACGUGGCAGAAGCAGACAGACAACAGUUUGAGGCCAAGUUUACUGAACUGGAGCUCCAGCACCCUGUAGAUGGCGACAUUACAGUCCCUGGAGCGCUGGAUGAAGAUUUAGAACCAUCUACUCUUGAUGAACCCAUCAGGGACACUUUGAUGCGGGACCUCCGUGCCAUUGGUGUUAAAUUUGGCCAUGCACUCUACCCAAAACAAAGCAAAGCUCUCCUUAGAGAUUGGGACCUGUGGGGCCCACUUGUGAUGUGCACAUUGUUAGGAAGUCUUCUUCAUGAAGCAACAUCAACAGAUGAUAAAACAGAAGCAGCACAUCUUCAGUUUGCUGAGGUCUUUGCUCUUAUCUCAUUCGGAGCUGUAGUGGUGGCAUUGAAUUCAAGAUUGCUCAAAGGCAAUAUCUCUUUCUUUCAGAGUGUCUGUGUACUUGGGUAUUGUCUUCUUCCCCUUGUUAUAAGCCUGUGUGUGUGUCGUCUCUUAAUGAUUCCAUCUGGUCACGUCACUCUGCUCUUCGCUGUUAGGAUAAUCCUGGUUUUUGUUUCAUUCGUCUGGUCUACAUUAGCUUCUAUGGCAUUCCUAGCAGACAGUCAGCCUUCUCACAGAAAAGCCCUGGCCAUGUAUCCAAUAUGUCUCUUCUACUUUGUAAUUGGAUGGAUGAUCAUUUCUCAGACAGUACCUGUGUUAACACCAUGAGGAUGUAUGUCAUUGGCACCCUUGAUAUAUGCGUAUUCCUAGACAGGCAUCUUGCAUUGACACGGAAAGGGUGGUGCCAAGCGUCAUCGCAAGGUUCUACGAGACAACAUCCAAGGUAUCACGAAGCAGAUGAGACCAGAGAUCCUCUUGACUCCACCUCUUCUUGCUAGACGGCGGAUAGCAGGCUUCGUGAUACCUUGGAUGUUGUCUCGGAGAACCUUGUUUGUUUCAAGGACAUCCAUCUUGAUAAGAUCAUUUUAUCUCAGAUUAUCAACAUUCCAAGUAUGUGAUUGCAUCAUUGCAUUUAUUGAUGAUUUUCAACUAGUAUGAUAUGAAAGGGAGGUAUUAUUGUAUCAAUUUUUUUAACCAGAAGAUUAUACUGGAAUUGAAGACUAAAGGUUGAAUCAACUUUUUUUCCGAUUAGUAAUCCUAUAACGAUGCAUUUGAUGUCAGUCGACUCAUUCAUUUUACCAAUUGUUUCACUCACCCUUAUGAAUGAUGUCAUUGUUCAGACAAACUGUAAUAAUUUAAAAUUGAUUGCAGCAAAUUCCUCUCAAAUUAACACUGGAUCACUUAUGAAAUUCCGGUCAACAUUAUAUGUAAACCUAAGAAAUAGUACACUGUAUUGCCAAUUUGAUUGUAUUCAUCACAUUCACGCAAUUUUUGUCUCAAAAUUUGCGCGAGACUUGAAAGUAAAAAGUCAGCGAACGACGCAGUAAAAAAAAUUUGCAUGGCGUAUUUAUCGCGAAAAAUGUCGAGGGGGGCCUGAAUCAGGCCCCCAGUCUUUUUAGGGUUAGGUUAAAUAGACUUCUGUGAUCCCAAGAGAUUCGACAUACACAGUGUCACAAUUAUUCAAAACCUAUGUAGGUAAUAAUAUAUAUAAAUUAUAGGAUACGACCUAGUAUUUGCUGUUUUAAAAUGCACCUUUGCUGUGUGUUUGCUUCAGGUAUUGGUCCGCAGUCAGUGUUGUGACAUGGAUAUUUAUAUAAUAUUGACUGGCUUUGAGGGAGAUACCAUAUAUAUAUUUCCUGAAGUAGUCUUAUCAUGGACCUACAACAUGGUCUUAUACCUACUGUCCGAGUCUUGACGAGGGCAAUAUGGGUCUACUGAGGGAAAUAUAAUGUGGUAUCUAAAAAAAUUUAAAGCCAUUUAAUAUUAUUAUUAUUACCGGCCUACACCUUGCAAUAUGUAAAAUUCAAGCAAUUAUUUAUUGCAUUUUAUGUCUGUUUGCCUGUUGGUACUUCUUUUUUCAGGUUUUUUGUGAACUUGAACGAGUUUAUAACUUGUCUCCAAAAUGCCUCAUUCAUGUAAUGAUAAUUAUUUUAUUAGGUAAUUUGUUGUUGACAAGUUGAUUGCUGCCAUUGCAAGCUACUGAAACUUAAAUUGUAGAAAAUUGAUUUGCUACGGUUGGCUUAGAGAAAAUUGUCUCUGAGGUUUAUCAUUCAUUAUUAGAAAUGUGCUUAAAUAUUCAAGACACGUGUAUUUGGGAACCAAAGAAUUAUAAAAACAAACAAACUAGUUUUUGGAAAAAUUUUGCAGUACAUUGUAUAGUAUAAAGGAGAUAAUUUGCAAUCAACAAUACUUUGCAAUCUACCCUCCCCCCGCCAUCUUCAGCACAGUUUAUCAUGUACUUGUUCUGAGUUCUAAACACUGAAUUCAUUUUCUGGAAUACAAGCCGAACAACACUUAAUGUGACUCUGAUGUAAAUCACUUUAUUAUUUUCAAUCUUUCCACCCCUUUCCCGCCUACCAUGGAAAACAUAAUAAUGCCAAACCUGUUCUAGAUUAGAUACAUGAAUGCUAAUUGAAUAUAUCUUGAUUUCAUAGCCAAUAUCUUCCAUCUGUGUACAUCUGUAUUUGAAAAAUGAAUGUAUUUUUGUCUGAUGUAAUUAAAUGUAUGUGAUUUAGCUGUGUUAGGUUUGUUGAAAAGGUGUGUCUAACCCUUUUUGUAAAUAUAUAGGCUACGUAUAGAGUACUGAAGUGAUGACGUCCCAAAGCACUUUUUUUGCAUGUCAGAAUUGUUGAUACCAUAUUUUGGUAGAGCAUGUUGAAAUACCUCCACUACCAAAAUUUGGUGCGAAUUGGUCCAUGGGGGCCUGAGAUAUGACAUAAUGAAUACAUAAUUAGCCCCAUUGAAGUCAAUUUAUUAUUGGCCUGGUUCUAAACGUUAGGAACAAGCCCAAUAAUGCAUUGACUUCAAUGGGGCUAAUUAUGUAUUCAUUAGUUCAUAUCUCAGGCCCCCAUGUACCGAUUUGCAGCAGAUUUUGGUAGUGGGUGUAUUUCAUCAUGCUCUACCAAAGUCCGGCAUCAAAAAUGCUGAAUUGGAAAAUUGAUGAAUUGGAAAAUUAAUGACGUAACACUUCGGUACUCUAUAGUGUGGAAUAGAUGUGUCCAAUAAGAGUUGUUUAGUUCUGAAACGUACAUUUCAAAGCUGCAUUGUCUUUUUUAUGAAUGUUUUAUUCCCCUAAUCAUGGGUCAUUCAGUAGUCUAUCCUAUAUACAAUCUACUAAGUGACAAGUCUUGUAUGUAAUGAAGGGCAUAAAACACAAAGCUGUCAUACCUACACUUGCAUAUUAGUAUUCAAAUCACUUUAUUUGUGUGCUCAAAUUAUAUUGUUAAACUUUUUUUAUAAAUGAUUUUGUAAUGUUUUUAUAUGAUUAUGAAAAGUAUCAAGACAUUUGACACACAAUACACAUCUAUUGUAACUUGAAAUAUUGAUAAUUCAUUAGUACUCACACAGAUGAAGUCAUUGGGUAAGCUCUUGAUAUUUUCAUAUGCAUGUACAUGCUAAUUCAAGCUUGUGUUUAUUAUAACUAGCUCAUCCGAAAUCAGAUUAUAUUGAAUAUCAAAAGAAAGUUUUAAUUUUCCUUAUAUUUGUCAUAGUCUGGUGAGUUCCAUUGUCCAUACUAUGUUCGAGACAGUUCAAAGUAAUGACUUGACCAUAAAUUUACCUCAAUCAAAAUGGGUGCUUUUGAUUUUGAUGUUGAUAGCUGGUAUUUGAUUGUGGGGAUUUUCACACCAGCUACGUGUACCAGCACCAAACUUGAAAUGAAACUGCAUUGCAACUGUUCUCUUCACGGAUUCAUCCCACAACUAUGUGAUCGUUUUGGAACCCCACAUCCGAUAAUGGAGCUCAUUUGGGCAGCAUUAUUCGUGCUCUCAACACCAACACUGAAACUGAACUUAAAAUCAUCAAAUUUAGUUUGCCACGGAUGGAUGGAAAACAGUAUUGAGUUGAGAGGCGGAUUAUAUUGAUGGGGAAAUAAUAAUAAGUUAUAUUUAUGUAUAUGCCACUUUCUAUACGCUUUUCCAUGCGUUUUACAUUUUAAUUAUUAUUGCCUCGGUCAUAGGGAAACAGUUAAUUUUGGUAUUCCAAAUUAAAAUAUAUUUCUGUGAUAUUCUGAUAUUUUUCGGACACAACUUGUUUGUUAAAUGCAAGGUCUGUGUAAGGUGGUAUUGCCGGAUAGUAAAAUAUCUAGAUUUACAGUAUUGUGAUCCCUAAAUUUGUUUUGAUUUUUUUUCUGUGAUAAAAGUGCCCAGUACUGUAUAUGCUUUCUCAAAGAUGUGCAAGAAACAUACUAGUAUACAUUAUCAUAUAGUGUUUCUUACUUUUUCAUCACCAACAUAUUUUACAAGUAUAUUCAUUUAUGGACAGAAAGAAGAUAUGUUUUAUAUUCAGUUUUCAUUGAUCGUCAGUGCAAUAAACAUUGAUCUAUUCUCUUUUCUUUCA